AUGACGAUGCAGAAGCGCACCACCUUCACGAGCAUAACGCCACUGCCACCUUCCAUCAACCGCCAGCAGGCCGUGGCGUUCCUUCACGACCAUGGGCAGAUGAUCGACCUCAACCCGCUGGUCGUCAAGCACAAUGUCAUCCCGCCGCCCGACCACGCACCGCCCGAGGAGGCGCACUGCGAGUGGCACUCCAUCACCGACAGGAUCGAGUACAUUCCCGGCGUGACGGCGCUGUCCGGCCUGACGACAUACACGUGCUGCUUCCACGACAUGGCCUGGGGUCUCCAGACGCACUGCUACGCCGGCUUUGGGCUCGAGAUUCGCGACAAGUGGAGCGUCGGGGGCAACGAGCCCGGCGAGGAGCCCGAGCGGCACGAGAUUGGCAUGGGCAUCCCCGCCGAGGGCCUCUACCUCCGCGAGGAGGUGGACUUUACCUGCAACGUCCUCAUGGCUGCCUUUGUGCGCAAGACGAUGAAGAAGGCCCACGCGCACCUCGUCGAGGCCCUAGCCAACAAGGCCGAUCGCGAGACCCGCGAGGGAGACCUGGUGGGCCCGCAGAACGGCGGCGCUUUUGUGUCAACGAGGGCAGGGCAGCAACAACAGCAGUAUCAUCAUCAGCAUCAUCAUCGAGGGUCGGUGGGAGAACUGCAUGGAACUCCGAUUGCGCUUGCCGAGGCCCCGGGGAGCGAGCCUGCGCCGCGAAGCCCCAUGCAUCGGCAAUGA